GCGAUUUUUCUUCUCAUCAUACAUCAUCGUCAUUAUAAUCAUCAUCAGACACAAAAGGGAAGGGAGGGAGAGGUCUCUCUUUGCUCGCUCGGCAUAUUUCACCGUAACCAAGCGGGUGGGGGAGUCUUAAUUAUCUCCUCAGCUCUACCCUCCCUUUGCCCCUUUGUCUUUAAUCCAUCAUGGUUGCCUCCGCUUCUCUAUCUUCGUUGGCGGCGAACGUGGCGGCAGCAUCUUCUCCUGGCCCCAAGCGUCGUCAUCACUACUGUAACCCCCUCUCUAGCCUUCCCUUGACCGUCACCUUCGCUCCCCCGUCCAUCCUCAAUUCAAGCCUUCAAGUAACUCUCUGUCAUCGGAAGUCACAGCGGUGGCUACUUGAUAGUAAAAAUGGGAAGUCUCAAUCAAACUCCAGAUUAUACAGUUCAUGGAGGCAGUCCACAUGUAAAAUUGAUAAAGCUUAUCUGCCAGAGCUUUCUUUAGGACAACUAAAAUGUUUCUCUUGCCUUAGGCGAUCACAUGACCGAACCUCUUUUCUUAAAAGGCACACGCCAACUUUUUUGAAGGACAAAAAGACUUCUCCUACGCAAAGCCAUUCAUUUGGGGGGAGUGUUGUGAAGCCCAUUCUUAUUCCUCAAGCAACUUUGGGUCCUGAUGAACCACAUGUGGCAAGCACAGCAUGGUCAGAUAUAGCCAUAGAAAAGCAAGGUUUAGGGUUUUGGGAUCCUAAAGCAGAAAAAACAGAGCUUGAAAGAUUUUUAAAUAUUGAUCUUCCUUCUCAUCCGAAGCUGCAUCGAGGAGAAUUGAAAAAUGGCCUCAGAUAUAUUAUUUUACCAAAUAAAAUUCCAGCAAACAGGUUUGAAGCACAUAUGGAAGUUCAUGUUGGAUCAAUUGAUGAGGAAGAUGAUGAGCAAGGAAUUGCACAUAUGAUUGAGCAUGUUGCAUUUCUUGGCAGUAAGAAACGUGAGAAACUUCUUGGGACAGGAGCUAGGUCUAAUGCUUACACGGACUUUCACCACACUGUUUUUCAUAUCCAUUCCCCUACUAGUGCAAAGGACUCAGAUGGUGACUUGCUUCCAUUUGUAUUGGAUGCUCUCAAUGAGAUAGCUUUCCACCCCAAGUUUCUCCCUUCCAGGGUUGAGAAAGAGAGACGUGCAAUCCUUUCGGAAUUGCAGAUGAUGAACACAAUAGAAUAUCGCGUUGACUGUCAGUUGCUACAACAUCUUCAUUCAGAAAACAAACUAAGCAAGAGAUUCCCUAUUGGAUUGGAAGAGCAAAUAAAGCAAUGGGAUGCUGAAAAAAUCCGUAAAUUUCAUGAGCGUUGGUAUUUUCCAGCAAAUGCCACUUUGUACUUGGUUGGGGACAUUGAUAACGUACAGAAGACAGUAUACCAAAUUGAGGCGGUGUUUGGACAUACGGUUGCAGAAGAGGAAACACCUAAUGUACAGAGAACCAGUGCAUUUGGUGCGAUGGCUAGUUUCCUUGUACCGAAGUUGCCAAGUGGGUUGACUGGAAGUCUGACGAAUGAUAAAUCGUCAAUCUCUUUGGAUCAAUCAAGGCCUAUGAAGAAGGAAAGGCAUACAGUUAGGCCGCCUGUUGAACAUAUAUGGUCUCUCCCUGGAUUUGCCCAAAAUGCCAAGCCUCCAGCAAUUUUUCAGCAUGAGUUGAUUCAAAACUUCUCAAUCAAUAUGUUCUGCAAGAUUCCUGUAAAUCAAGUUCGAAGUUAUGGUGAUUUGCGUAAUGUUUUGAUGAAGAGAAUAUUUUUGUCAGCUUUGCAUUUUCGUAUCAACACAAGAUAUAAGAGUUCAAAUCCUCCUUUCACAUCAAUUGAGUUGGAUCAUAGUGACUCAGGCAGGGAAGGCUGCACUGUCACCACACUUACCGUUACUUCAGAACCUAAGAACUGGCAAAGCGCUAUUAAAGUUGCAGUGCAAGAGGUGCGAAGACUAAAAGAAUUUGGUGUGACAAAGGGAGAAAUGGCCCGCUACAUGGAUGCACUAAUAAAAGAUAGUGAGCAAUUAGCUGCAAUGAUUGAUAGUGUCCCAUCUGUGGAUAAUUUGGAUUUUAUCAUGGAAAGUGAUGCUCUUGGCCAUACUGUCAUGGAUCAAAGACAAGGUCAUGAGAGUUUAGUUGUAGUUGCUGAAACAGUAACACUUGAAGAGGUUAAUUCAACUGGUGCCGAAGUGUUGGAAUUCAUUGCUGACUUUGGGAAGCCUACUGCACCAAUUCCUGCAGCAAUUGUUGCAUGUGUUCCAAAGAAAGUGCAUAUUGAUGGAUCUGGAGAAGUUGACUUUGAGAUCCAUCCUAAUGAAAUCACCGAUGUUAUCAGAGCAGGUUUGCAGGAACCCAUACAUGCUGAACCAGAGCUUGAGGUGCCAAAAGAAUUAAUAUCCCCAUCACAGUUGGAGGAAUUGAGGUUGAAAUGCAAACCUUCUUUUGUACCCUUAGUUCAAGAAGUGAGUUCAAUAAAACUAUUCGAUAAGGAAACUGGCAUCACUCAACGAUGUCUUUCAAAUGGUAUUUCUGUAAACUACAAGAUCACCAAGAAUGAAGCCAGGGGUGGUGUAAUGCGACUGAUAGCAGGGGGUGGAAGAGCAGCUGAAACUUCUGAACUGAAGGGAGCCGUUGUUGUAGGUGUGCGAACUCUUAGUGAGGGCGGUCGAGUUGGCAAUUUCUCUAGGGAACAGGUUGAACUGUUUUGUGUUAAUCAUAUGAUAAAUUGCUCUCUGGAGUCCACAGAGGAGUUUAUCUGUAUGGAAUUUCGCUUUAGUUUAAGAGAUAAUGGGAUGCGUGCUGCUUUUCAACUUCUUCAUAUGGUUCUUGAGCAUAGUGUAUGGCUAGAAGAUGCAUUUGAUAGAGCUAGCCAACUGUAUCUGUCAUAUUAUCGGUCCAUUCCUAAGAGCCUGGAACGUUCAACCGCUCACAAGCUUAUGUUAGCAAUGCUCAAUGGUGAUGAAAGGUUUGUUGAGCCCACUCCACUAUCAUUACAGAAGUUAACACUGCAGGCAGUCAAAGAUGCGGUAAUGAAUCAGUUUGUUGGUCAAAAUAUCGAGGUUAGCAUUGUUGGAGAUUUUAAUGAGGAUGAUAUUGAGUCCUGUAUACUUGAUUAUCUGGGGACAGUUGGAGCAGCAAGAAAGGCUGAGAUUGAUUCAUCUUUUGACCCAAUUACAUUUCGGCCAUCCCCUUCAGAUCUGCAUUUCCAGCAAGUAUACCUGAAGGAUACUGAUGAGAGGGCAUGUGCAUAUAUAGCUGGGCCAGCACCCAACCGUUGGGGAUUCUCAGCGGAAGGAGAAGAUCUAUUUGAGCUGAUCAACACUACACAGUCUGACACAGAGAAUUUAGCCCUCACUGGAGACAAGAAUGUGGAAACUCAUUCUGAAAGAAACAUUCGGGUUCACCCACUGUUCUUUGGAAUCACCUUAGGGCUUCUAGCUGAGAUCAUAAACUCACGGCUCUUCACAACUGUCAGGGAUUCGUUAGGAUUAACUUAUGAUGUAUCAUUUGAGCUUAGUCUUUUUGAUAGACUGAAGCUUGGGUGGUAUGUGAUAUCAGUAACGUCUACUCCAGGCAAGGUUUUCAAAGCUGUUGAUGCAUGCAAAAAUGUACUUCGAGGCUUGCACAACAACAAGAUUGUCCAGAGGGAGCUUGAUAGGGCUAAGAGGACCCUUCUGAUGAGACAUGAAGCUGAAGCAAAGUCUAAUGCUUACUGGCUAGGGUUGCUUGCACACUUGCAGUCUGCAUCCAUUCCAAGGAAGGACAUUUCGUGUAUCAAAGACCUAACUUUGCUAUAUGAGGCUGCAACAAUUGAGGAUAUAUAUCUGGCAUAUCAAUAUUUGAAGGUUGAUGAUGCUUCUCUAUUUUCAUGUGUUGGAGUGGCUGGUGCCCAGGCAGUUGAUGAUUUAUCAGCUGUAGCAGAUGAAGCAUCAGACAUUGGCCAUCAGGGCCUUCCUCCCAUUGGCCGUGGUAUGACAACAAUGACACGACCCACAACAUGAUAUCCUUGCAGAAAAUUGGAUUUCAUGGCACGAGAAUUUGACUGUUUGGAGCAGGUCAGCACGGGAAAGUAUUUUUGAGCUCUAACGGGUCAGCAUUUCCAGUAGCAAUGAAGGUGCAAUUUUUUAGGAGUUUCAAUAUGGUACCUGAAACUAAAAGGGCGAUCAUUCACUCGUCUUCCCCCAGCUCAAACUUUUACAUACAUAUGGAUUUCUGAGCACACGCAUAUAGGCAAGAUUCAGGAUGUAUGUUUCAAAAUUUUAGAUUUCUUAUUCUUUGGGAGCUUCUUCUGUGCGUGUUCUACAACCCCCAUAUUCAAGUACAGUUUUUAGACAGGCAAUGAAAUUUAAAUAGUGAAGAGUGGAACUUUUUACAAAGUCAGAUCAGCUAAUAUGGCCUUAUGGCAAGUUUCCAAAUGUUGUAUUGUUAGAGGAUGAACUGUUAAGAUCUCUUAACUCUCUUGGGCCUGGGAAAUGCAAACGGGAGAGAUGGAAGUUCAUGUUAAUUGAACAUGGUUCAAGUAUCAUUACUGGUAAUUCUGACAAAAAACAGUAUCAUUACUGAUAAAGAAAUCAAUAUCUUGUGUGCGCACUUAUGUUCUUAAAGACAGUACUUAUUUCA